CGGCCUGGCGCUGGGCGGCCCGCGGCGCUGGGCGCUCGCGUGCGCGGGCGCGCGGCCUGACGUGCUGGUGGUGGGGGGCACGGGCCUCCUGCGUCCUCCCUUGAUGGGCGCGCCGACCGCCCGGCUGCUGCAAGAGCGCGGCCACCGCGUCGUCGUACUCGCCCGCGGCAGCGCUCGCGGCGGCGGCGCGGGCGGCGCCAGGCCCGAGCAGGCGCGGGGCUGCGAGAUGCUGGCGUGCGAUCGCGGCCACAGCGCGUCGUUCGUGGAGGCGCUGAGCGGCGAGGGCCGCCCGCGCGUCGUGGUCGACUUCACGGCCAUGCUGCCGAGGCACUUUUGGCCUGCCCAGUGGGGUCCGAGUAUCCUGAUGUGCCAACCUACUCCAGCUCUGAUCGGCAGAACAAGUUUAGUGCACCAAGAGGGCAUCGAGACGGGAAGGUUUUCGCGUGGCGGGCCCUGGGAGGCGAUAUUCGUUCGACACUUCGCCAGCGUGACGGACAAACACUGUUUCGAUACUGGUCUCGGUGUUCGAAAUUGUUUUGGGGAUGCGGUCCUUAAGCACAUCGCCGACGUUGUGGAGGUGCACCGGAGGCGGCCCCUAGAGCACUACAUCUUCAUCUCGACGAACAUGGUCUACCCGGGGGGCGUCGAGGACAUGGACAUUACGUCGCUGCCGCAGCCGGUCGCCGAGGGCGCGGCCAACCUGUCGGCCGCGCACGCCGCGCCCGACACCUACGGUGGCAGGAAGCUGAAGUGUGAGGCGGCGCUGCAGCGCGCCCGCGCGGAGCAGGGCCUGCGCUGGACGGUGCUGCGCCCCCCCGCCGUUGUGGGGCCUGGCUGCGACAGCCGCCACGAGCGGCUGCAGCGCUUGGUGGCGGGCCUGCCGCCGCUGCCCGCCAGGGCGUCGAAGCGGCCGCCGACCGUGCGCCCGGGGAGGUUCCGCGUGGCGUACAGCGGCGACGUGGCGGAGGCGGUGGCGGCCGUCGUGGAGCUCGGGGAGCGCGUUCAUGGCGAGGCGUUCAACAUCGCCUGCCCGGCGUCGAUGACUCUGGGCGAGUACGUCGGAGGCAUCGCGUCGUGCCUUGGCCUCUGCACGCAGGAGGUCCCGGACGACCCCGCCCUGCGCAACUACGAGCGCCAGGGGGAGGUUGACGUCUCGAAGUCCCUGCGCGUGCUGGGAAUCGAGGGCACGCCGGUGCAGCGGUGGAUGCGCCAGACCGUGAGUUGGCACGCUCGGGCUUUGGCAGAGGCACCCGCUAGCUGGAGCAAAAUCAUAUCCAGAGCUCGCGACACCUUAGUUUGAUUGAACGUCACACUGUGAUGUGUGUCCCGUUCCCGUUGCCGCGCCAACCCCCCAGACUCAGACAACGUAUCCAUCUUGAUGUUGCUUCAGGACGCCAGCCAGGUGUCUUGGUA